GGAGAAGGAGGCUACAUCGAGCAUGACGGACGCCGAGGCGCACAGCCCACCCCCGCCGUCACUGGCACCGCCGUCCUCGGUGUCGUCGGCGGAAGACAAACCGCUCCGGGAGAGGAAAGUCAUCGCCACUUUGGUGCAAGGCACGGUGAAAUGGUUCAACGUUCGUAACGGUUACGGCUUCAUCAACAGGAAUGACACUAAAGAAGAUGUGUUUGUUCAUCAGACCGCUAUUAAGAAAAACAACCCUAAAAAGUUUCUACGCAGCGUUGGAGAUGGAGAAGUGGUGGAGUUCGACGUCAUUGAAGCAACUAAGGGUUCUGAAGCAGCCAAUGUAACCGGUCCCGGUGGUGUUCCGGUCAAAGGGAGCCGCUACGCUCCCAAUAAACGCCGCUUCCGCCGGCAGUUCUUCCCCCGACCCAGUGACCAGGGCAAAGUAGCGGACGGUCAGACCCCAGGUGAUGGUGAUGAGGAAGCCGGGUUGGAGGAGAACCGAAGACCUCAGCAGCAACGUCGUGGACCUCGUCGUCCACGCCCAGAACCGCAAGACGGGGAAGCAGGAGAAACAAGAACAGAAGAUGAUCAAGCGCAAAGACCACCGCGGCGUCGAUUCUGGCGGCCAUAUCGACGACCGUUACGUCCGCGUCCCGCGUUAGAACAGUCUGCUGAUGUCCAGGUUGCGACUCCACUGACGUCCGAAGAAGUGGACUCUGCCGAGACAACCGGCGAAGGCCCUAAACUACGUCGUCAACCAAGACGCCGUCGGCUAAGGAACUCAGGGUCGUCGACUUCUAAAAAUGAUACUGAAAAGACAGCUUCUGAACCCGGCACCCCUCCUAAGACGUCAAAGUCCGUCGAAUUGAAAUCAAAAUCCCCAAAACGGCCAAAAUCGCCAGCGGCAGCUGCCACCGUAACAGAUGCAGCGGCACCAACGGAGUGACGAUCCCUGUUACGUGACCUAAUGGGAAGAGGUCCCAAGGUUAAAAGGCUGCUGGCCUUAUGAGAAUGCGGCAUGUCUCUCCCCUCCUUGCACUCGCCCCCCUAACCCCCUGCGACCGGUGUUCUCGCCGU